AUGCAGAAUAGUACAGGCUUAAGGAAGUCGAGCGAGACGAGAUAUAUCGAAGCUACUGAUACUAAAGACAACUCAAAUGAUAUAUUUCAAGAUAUGACUCCAUCAGCAUGUGACGGCAGUGGUAUCGAAAAUCUUACUUGUUCAUGCAAAAAUUCAACUAAUAUGAAUAUAAAAUCAACUAGUUCUGAACAAGCUCCACUUAGUGAUGAUAUUUGGGAAUCAGAAGAUGAAGAAACUCAUAAAUCGAAUGAAAGAAAUUUUGUACAUAAUGACAUAAUACGACAACAUAGAAAGCAAGGAUAUUUGGAUGGUAUAACGUACAACAAGGAAACAAAUUUACAACAGGGUUUUGAUAAUUCUUUUAGCAACGGUGGUCAAUUAGGAAUUGAUGUUGGAUAUAUAUUAGCCAAAGUUAAAAUCAUUGAUAAAAAAGUAGGUUCUAAUCUAUUAACGGAGUGUAUUGAGGAUUUGAGAAUUUCAAAAAUAUUUAAUGAUCAAUAUUUUAAUAGUGAGUUAGAAAUGAUUAAUGAUCAGCACGAAUUGAUUGAAAAAUGGCAGAAAAGGUUAAAAAAAUUGGAACCUUAG